CAGCACAGCCGAUUAUGUCCAAAAAAAACAAAAAAAACCAGCACAGCCGAUUUUGAUGCGGCGACACAUGUCAUUCCUUCCAUUUUCUCUCUCGGGAUCGGGGCAUUUACUGUGUAAUUAUAUCCACGCGUCCUCCAACAAUUAAAUCCCACUCUAUCCUCUAUUUUUUUCCUAAAAGAAACUUAGUCCAGUCCCCCUAAGCUUCCCUGCUGCGGGACUCCCAACAAGGAAGCUUCUUCUUAUCACACUGUUUUGGUGGAACCGACCUAUCCUCCUUUUAUCUACAAAACUGGGCACCCAUAGCCAUUUCAUUAAGCUCGUACAGAAGAUUGGAAAUUGGAAGUCAAAAGAGGAAGCAAGAAAGUGGCCAGGGAAAACAUUACUGCAGGAAAGAUUCCAUCUUUUGUUUAUUCAGCAAACUUUUCAAAACUUUGAAAAGUUUUGAAAUGGAUAGGUACGAAAUAGUGAAGGACUUGGGGUCUGGUAACUUUGGGGUGGCCAAGCUUGUGAGGGAUAAGAGCACCAAAGACCUCUUUGCUGUUAAAUUCAUUGAAAGGGGCCAAAAGAUUGAUGAGCUGGUGGAAAGGGAAAUCAUGAAUCACAGAUCAUUGAAGCAUCCUAACAUAGUCAGAUUCAAGGAGGUCUUGCUGACACCUACACAUCUAGCAAUAGUUAUGGAGUAUGCUGCCGGAGGUGAACUCUUUCACAGGAUUUGCAGUGUUGGAAGGUUUAAUGAAGAUGAGUUGUUCAAAUAUGGGAUUGCCACCAUACUUGAGUGUGUAACUGAUCGCUGGAUGGGUCUUUGUCUUGUUUGGGGUCAGGCAAGGUUCUUCUUUCAACAACUCAUAUAUGGCGUCUCCUACUGCCAUUCAAUGCAAAUCUGUCAUAGAGAUCUCAAAUUGGAAAACACAUUACUAGAUGGAAGUACUGCCCCACGUGUCAAAAUUUGUGAUUUUGGCUACUCUAAGUCAGAAGUGUUUCAUUCUCAACCGAAAUCAACUGUGGGAACACCGGCAUAUGUUUCUCCUGAGGUGCUGACAAGAAAAGAGUAUGAUGGGAAGCUUGCAGAUAUUUGGUCUUGUGGAGUCACUCUAUAUGUGAUGCUGAUUGGUGCUUAUCCUUUUGAAGAUCCAAGUGAUCCAAAAAACUUCAGAAAGACCAUUGCUAGAAUACUUGGGACCCAAUAUUCAAUCCCCAAUAAUAUUCACAUCUCCGUCGAGUGCCAGCAUCUUCUGUCAAGAAUCUUUGUGGCAAAUCCGGAAGAGAGGAUAAAGAUUACUGAAAUUAGAAGACACCCAUGGUUUGUGAAGAACUUGCCUAUAGAACUAAUGGAGUUCGGGAGCUAUGAAAGCAUGGAUGUGAAUAAUCCUACACAAAGCUUGGAGGAGAUAUUGGGUAUAAUUGAGGAGGCGAGAAGAGUGGUAGUUCACGCGGGGAGAGGCGAAACAUAUUCAUUGGGUGGGGGGAGUAUGGAACUUCUUGACGACUUCGAUGAUGCAUCCUACAAUAUAUCUGAUGAUUAUAUUGACUCAAGUUGUGAUUUAACUCUAAACUCUUUUUGAAAUGGGAAUGGAAAUGAAAAACUGCCUGUCCAAUUGAGUUUACUACCAAGUACCAAGCUAGCUGCUUUUGAUUCCAAAGCUUCCCAUGUUGAUCUUAAUAGACUGUGAUGCAUUGUUUAUUUUGUGGUUGAAAAACUUGUAUAAAAUGUUUUUAGAUUAACAUAUUGCCGCUUUAUGAGGCUGAUUACACUCAAAUACUCGAUCCAUGUAUAAUAAAAAUAUAUUCCCACAUUUGAGGUAAAAAAUCACCUCAUAUUCA